AUGACUGCUACUCUGAGGACAAACCGGUUUGCAUCACCUUGUUGGGUGGACUGCCGGGGAAAUCCCAACCUUCAGGAGUCAAAUAUCUAUCCGGUUGCUCUGUUACUGACGCGGUGUUGCACUCGUGUAGACGGGACGUUCAACUCGGCGCCUGACACACCCUCCCCCGUCUAUCCCGAUCGCCUGAUUCGUCCUCUUCCCAGGCGGACCCUGCGUUCCCGCUUGUCAACCGAUGCCGCAGAUACGAUCCAUUAUCCGCCCACUCCUCCCGCGUCACAGAUCUUCUAUGGAAUCCCAGGAGACUCAGAAGAAGCGGUUAAUGAGUCCAAGGUCUAUGUACAGCAGACCAUCGAGUCGGAUCGACAUGAACUAACUCCCGAGGCUGAAUCCCAUCAUGGAUUUGAGAUUUCUGUUGAGCUCGAAAGCGGAGACGAAGACGGACCGGUAGUAGUGCGCCGUAGUGCUGGGUUUCGAGGAUCUCUAUCCCCAACUUCCAGCAUACAAGCACAAGGAUCUGCUGGUACAGAUGGAGUUUUGAAGUCCUCGGCUGGACCGGACGGUUACGAUGCAUUUGAAAACACCAAUAAUAAGAAAAAGCGAAAGAUACCCACGCCGGGCAAUAUGGCCGGCCAUCAUUCAACAUUAUCAGGGGAAUUUGCCAACAUGGGCUUGGCCACAGGGAAUACGACCCCAACAGCAAAUGGUGACGGAACGGGGACAUAUUAUGGAAAUGGAAAUCCAGCAUCGCCAGUAGGGAGCGGCAUAUCAGGGUCAGGUCGAGGUCGUCUUGGCCGGAGCUCUACUCGUAGCAGCAGUGGUCGUAACCCGUUAUCUGCAAAUGCGCAGAAUGCAUGGAUGACAGCUCCUCGGACACCAAGUCGGCGGGAUGGAAUGAUGUCGUCCCCUGCUCCAUCUGGUAUGAUUGGUCUUGCAGAGAAACUCAUACUCCACCCCCGUCGUUCACCAACCUCUCCUCUUUCUUCCGCCACCCAAAAACCUCGUGCUUUCUCUACCCAAGGCACACAAACGAGCCCAAACAUGGGUAAUGCCAUCUCAAGAAUGGUCCGGCCGGACGAUCCGGAUUUUGAACGCAUCGAAAAGAAGAAGAAGUCUCCUGAGGCCGUUUAUUCUGCUGCAGCUCGUCGCCGUCAGAACAAUCAGCAGUACCAUAAUGCUCACAACCCUCCCCGCGCAGAAGACAACUGGAUUUGCGAGUUUUGUGAAUACGAGCGUAUCUUCGGCACUCCCCCAACUGCACUCAUCCGACAGUAUGAGAUCAAAGACCGCAAACAACGAAAGCUACUUGCUGAGAAGCAGCGCCUCCUAGAGAAGGCCAAAUCAAAGGGCCGCAAGGCAAAGAAGGCAACGAAGAACGGAUCAAAGAACGAAGCUGCGCAGCCUGGCUAUGAUCACACCUCAGUUGAAUCUACCGGUCCCGGCCUGCGCGAUGAUGAAUCUCUGGGUCCAGAGUAUGACGAUGAAAACGACUCUAUUCCCGCUACCAACCCUGCAUCCCCCGCCGAACUGAAACCACCCCGACCUCUUUGCUGUGAUCGCCCUAAGACGACUGUGGAGGACAGCAAGCAUCCUGUGAAGCAUGACAAUGACCCUGCAUGCGCCAAUGGUUGA